AUGAACUACACUGUUGUUCAGUCGCCAACAAUAUCUGAUCCAGUUCAGCCAGGGGAAUCUGUAACCCUCCAGUGUUCAGUCCUCUCUGGAUCCCAGAUGGGAUCCUGUCCAAGUGAAGACAGAGUGCUGUGGUUUGGAGUCAGAAAAGACACAAUCCUUGGAAGCAUCAUCUACACAGAUGGAAACACACCUUACGAGUGUGACACGAAGUCCGACAUGUCAUCCAAUUCAAAAAGAUGUGUUUAUCACCUCUUAAAGAACGUCAGCUCCUCUGACAGUGGCAUUUACUACUGUGCGCUGGCCAUGUGUGGCGAGAUUAUAUUUGGAAAUGGAACCAAACUUGAAGUUGAAGGCAGCAGAUGGUCAGAUUACAGGCUCCCGCUGACGUGUACUGUUGUGGCUAUCUGUGGGCUUGUCUUCAUUAUUACCAUUGGCAGGACAAUUUGCAAGGCUGAUAAUUGUCUACAAGGACAUGUUGAAAAACAGAAUUUAAAGGAAGAAGAGGAUAGUCUGAUUUACACCACUGUCAUCUUCACCCUGAUUGAAAACAAUGAGUCAUGGAUAAAAGAUGUAAAAGCAGUGAAGAGGGAGAAGACCCAGGCUGUGCUCAAACCUUUCAGAGUGGAAUAGAAAGUUGAUGCUGGGACUGUGUUAUAUCACCAUGAACCAGAUAACCACAGCAGGAGGCCUUAUAGAGCACCAUGAUGGGACCAAGAUUUUAUUGUGGAACCAGAAGGCAUUCUUUUUGUACAAGACUGUGAAACUAAAAAAAGUAACCUCUGUCUCCAGUGCCCAUUAAUGCCAUUAAUGUUUGUUGCGGUCUUAUUAAGUAUAAUACACUGCCUGGCCAAAAAAAGGUCACCAAGGUCACACACAAUUUUUCAUUGGACCGCCUUUAGCUUUGAUUACGGCACACAUUCACUGUGGCAUUGUUUCGACAUGCUUCUGCAAUGUCACAAUAUUUCUUUCCCCCCAGUCUUGCAUUGAUUUUCCACCAAGGUCUUGCAUUGAUGAAGGUAGAGUCUGCCCGCUGAAAAUCGGAAGCAACUUAUUGCACCAGUUGGGGUUAAAUAACUUGUUACCAAACGUAAUUGCUCAUGCAGUAAUUAUCCAAUGGCAAGUUUGUAACAUUUUGCUUCAUUAAAUCCAGGUGGCACCUUUUUUUUUUGGUCAGGCAUUGUAGUACAUGGCUAUUUGUAAUGUAAUUGAAUUUUUUAUAACAACAUAAAUUAAUUUACAUACAUUAAAACACCUAUUUACACACUUCAAACACAGUCCCACACUAUGUGUUUAAUCUCAGCAUUAUCGUUGUGCCGUGGGUCGUGGGUAAGAAAUAGCACAGAGACAACUCCAUGUUCAAAUAAAUGUGUGGCUAUGUUUUUUUCCCCAUCCAGCUAGAGCCCACCUCCACGUACACUGAGCCACCAAAACACACUUUUAUUUAUGGCGCAUAACUCCGCCUGCUACAUAUGAUAGAUACAGAAAAUAUAGUUCCUACACAUACAGAACAUACCACGUAUGUGGAAUAAAUAUUCCUAGAAUUUAGUGUCCUGAGAAAAUAAAUAUCAUUUUACAGUAGUCUGAUCACUAUAGUGAUCUGCUAAGUUCAGCAGAGUUAGACUUCACAAUCAAAGGCAGUCUAAAAUUGAGCUCAUUUAAAAGGCUAAAUUUCACAGCAGAAGACAGCCAAAGAUCUUUUUUUUUUCAUAAACCUGAUAAAGGAGGGUAUGACAAUUUUUAAAGUAGUAAGUGACUGAACAACAAAAGUGGCAGAGCUAUAUCUCCAUCUUCCUGCUAUUCUGAUUUAAAAAAAUGAAACCUUUAAACCAUCUUUAACACUAAUGAUUGUAUUUGUGAUGUUUUUGUAAUAAACAUUUCAACAAACA